AUGCCGCAAGAGAACAAAACGAAAAAUAUGGAGAGUUGGUUGGAACUCUCCAUAUUUUUCAUCGUUCACACACUCGAACACGGAAAGCAGAACGUGGGACUGGUGGAAAUCGGUUUUUAUCGCAUUGGCUUUGUGGCAUGCCCAGGACAUCCAAUGGUAUCUUUAAACAAAUUGAUGUCGGUCGACGAGCAUGGCGUCAAUUUUGAAAGUCCUCAUACUGCUGAACAAAUGUCACUCCCGCCGGAAAUGAGUAUAGAAAUACAGCAGGCCCUAGGCGCAGACAUAAUGAUGCAGUUGGAUCAUGUCAUUCAUGUUCUCACUACUGGAGACAUUGUUGAAGAGGCUAUGCAAAGGAGCAUUAGGUGGCUAGAUCGCUGCGAGAAAGCGCAUACUCGAUCGGAUCAGGCACUUUUUCCAAUUGUACAAGGAGGUUUGGAUCUUGAGCUGCGAAAGAAAUGCGUUGAGGAGAUGGCAAAGCGGGCAAAG